AAUUAAAGUAGGUAGAGUUUACUGAUGAAAUAAGGCUAAGACAAUAAUUUAUAAACAAUUUAAAAUAAAAAAUAAUUAAUGCUACAAAAUGGCAAUGAGGAGGAGUUUUAAGGAAAUAAAAAUAUCUAAGGCAGUUAGUAAUUAAUGAAAGAAUUCAAUUUAGAUUAAAAUUCCAUUUUAAUUUUAGUAAUUAUUGAUAUUUUGGACAACUUAAUAGAUGGUCUUCAAUUGUUAAUGGCAUAUUCAAAUGUCGGGUUAUUUAAAGACAUGAAUUAGUAUAUUGCUCUUCCUUGUAAUUAGAAUGAUUAAGAAUUUUAGUAUUAUUAUAAAAUUUUUCCCUUAUUAAUUGCAACUUUAUCUCUCAAUCUCAUUAUUCUAGUUAAAACUCUUCAAACUAAAAGAUAAGCUUAUAAUCUUGUGAAGGAUGACUUAAAUAAUUUAAUAAUAUCGGCUUAGAAACAAAUUAAAUUUAGUUAAAUAUUAUACAAAGACCAUUGUUUUUAGUGCUCAAUGGUGUAGCUUCGGCUACUGCUACGUAUAGAGCUAAUUGUUCAAACUGUGAAGCAACAAAUAGGAAUAGGAGAUGUUAUUAUUAUAAUCCUAACAAUUAUUUGGCUGGCAGAAAGAUAAAAAUCAUGGAAUUAUAAAAUUAUUAUCUUAGAUUUCAAUAUAAUUUAUUUAGUGAUUAGAUUACAAAUGAAUUUAAAUAUUUUUAAUAUUCUAAAGAGUGUUUUUUUAAUUUUAGUUAUUUUUUUCUAGUAUUUUAACAGAGCCACUCUGUAGAAGUAAUAUGAAUUGUUUAUUUCUACUUUCUCUAAAUACCUUUAAAGUUUUUCUUAGUAUGAUUCUACCUUCUAAAAUAUCAACUUUAGGUUUAUAGAUGCGAGUAAUAAAUAAAUGACUUAAUUAUAUAAGUAAUCAGGAUAGUUAAGUAAUCAAGUUCAAAGCUAAAUUGCAACAGAAAAGAAGAUAGAACGCAUAUCUUUUUUUACUUAAAAGGACUACCAUAAAGCUCAGAGCAAUCACUCAACUCCAAACUAAGGAUCUCCUAUUAUUUUCACACCAUAAAAAUAUGAUAAGCAAUUGCAAUUUAUGAAAUAGCAAAGCAGUUUAAAGAGAACUCAAUCAAUCAGCUCUAUUUUUGAGCAGAUACCUUCGUCGAUUCAAAAUUAUAAGAAAUAAACAGCUGGUCGUUGCUUAAUUAAUGCAGAUUUUAUUUAAGAUAAAAAUUAUUUUGUUAGCAAUUUGUCAACUUAAGUUCUCAAUUAAAUAAAUUAAGGAGUUGUUUUAAUGGAUUUGAAUCAAUGCAUAGUAUUUCACAACAAAUAAAUGCUUAAAAUUUUAUCAAUUUAGAAAAGCUCUAAGAUAAUUAGAAAACUUUUCUAACUAAAAAAAGAGGUCAAAGUGAAAGAUGGAGAUCUUCUUGAUAAAAAUUUAACAGGCGACGAUAGUAAAGCGUUGAAUUCAAUAAUAAAAAUGACAUCAAAAAUAACAAAUAAUUAAUAAGAAUCAUCCAACUUAAACUAAUUUAGCCUUGAAGUUAAUGGUAAGGUGAAGACUUAGAAUGUAAAUAAUAAUGGACUGCAAGCUAUCUUAAGUGAUAGUUAAGGAUAAUAAGCGUGUGGAAGAAGUUUUAGAACAAGUGAUUAAAAGAAAAGUGAUUAUUUAAAUAACAAAUCAGCAAGUUAGAGUGAUAUUUAAAUGGCACCUCCAAAAGUAAUCUUCAAAAAUAAAAUAAGAUAAGGAGAUGACGAAGAAUAACAUGAUAAUGGUAACUAAAUUAGCAUUAAAGAAGUGGAGGAGGAUCAAUACAGUGAUAAUGAAUACAGUAAUACAUACUCACCAGUUAAAUUCGAUACAAAGACAUCCUAUAAGAAGAGGAAUAAAAAUAUUUAAAACUUAAAAUAGACUUUUCAAUUCAAAAAGAAACAGACAGGUGAUAGCAAAAAAGAAUUGAAAGAUAAAUACUUUUACAGUACAGAUGAAAAGUCGUUUGAGAUUAUAAUAUAAGAGAUUAUUUCGCUAGUUUAAAUCUACAGAUAGAAUAUUGGGCACAGGCCUUGCAAGUCAGAAAAUAAUUUAGAUUUUAACACUUUGAUUUAAGAAGAGUGGCUUAAGAAUUGUGAAAAAACAGUUUAAAUUCUCUAGAAUUAAGGCUAUACCUUUAAUGCUAUUUUAGAAGAAGAGCAAAAAGUAGCCACAUUAAGUUAUCUCAGAGAGCAUUCAAACCAUGAAAUAGCUAGUGAAGAUCCAAAAAUAGCUACCACCAGUAAGAAUAAUCUCUAAGUACCUUAGCCUCAAUCUUUUACGAAGGGAGUAAAUAGUCUAGCUGAUUUAAAAUAGCAAUAAUAAGCAUAAAAUUAAAAUGAUGUCAAAAAGCAAAAAGUAAACAAAAUAAUACGUGUCUAAAUUAAACUGUGGAAUUCUCCAAUUUCAACUGAAGAAAAAAGAGAUGAAGUGAAGGAAAGCUCAAUCGAUAACAUAGGCAACAACUAAAUUUUGAGUUAGUCUAAUUCAGAUCAGCCAAAAUAAGCUAAAAAAAAAAAUUUUUUAAUCCAUGAAAAAUUUCAUAAUCCGAUGCUAUUCAUAAUAUUUUAAGAUAUCACUAAAUAAAUAGAAUAGGAGGAACAAGAUUAAAUGAAUAGAUUUAAGUUAAAAAUACUAUCUAGUAUUUCCCAUGAGUUAAGAACACCUUUAAACUGCUCAAUGAGUAUGCUCUAAAUGCUUCUACAAUCUGACCAUAUCAGCGAAGCUCUUAAAUAGGAUUAUCUCUAGCCUGCUUUCUUUAAUAACUAACUUCUUUAUUUUAUAAUCAAUGACAUUCUAGACUACGCUUAGAUAUCUUAAAAUAGUUUUUAAUUAAAAUUUUCUAGCUUCGAAUUGUAUCCAACCUUGUAAGAAUGCUUGAAUAUAUUCAGCUACUCAGCAGAGUUCAAAGGAAUAGAAAUUUUUCUAAGUGUAGAUAACUCAAUACCAAGAGUAAUUAAUAGUGAUCAAGAGAGAAUAAAGCAAGUUCUUAUUAAUCUUGUAAGCAAUGCAAUCAAAUAUACCAACAGUGGCUACAUAAAUGUUAAUGCAAGUCUUUCACCUGAUUAGAAAGACCUGAUUGAAAUUUCCGUUGAAGAUACUGGCUGUGGAAUUCCUCCUCAUCUCCACAACAUCAUUUUUGAUUACAUGGAUAAUCCUGGUAAAAAAAAGAAAGAAUUAAAUAGCACUGGUGCAGGUCUUGGUUUGACUAUUUCAUAGAAGAUAGUGAAGGGAUUAAGUGAAAAUAAAGGAAUAUCUCUUUAAAGUGAAGUUGGAGUUGGCUCGAAAUUUACUUUUUAUGUCAAAAACAGAGAUUUUACAAAUUAAAAAUCACAAGUUGGGAUUAAAUCAAAUUAGUUUAAUAACAUUAUGUUAAAUUGGAAAAGUGUGAGUUAUACUACGCUUUAGAGCUAAGAAUUUAAGAGCGAUUUAAGCAGCCUGAAGGGACUCACUAAUAAAUCUCAGUAAACUCCUAAGCAUUAUAGUCAGUCUCCUAUUUCAAAAGGAUCUUUCAACUCUAACUCUGUGGUUGGUAAGGAAGAAACAGAAAAAAAAUAAUUCUUAACAACAUUUAUUCGAAACUCGUUCAUGAGAAAAGGAAGCAAAUUCUUAGAAGAAAAUAUGCAUCAAAAAGAAUUAAGCAAUUAAGAUUAUGGCAAUAACGAGUUUUUAAAUUAAAAUUUAAAUAGUGAUAGAGCAUUAAAUAAAAGGAAAAGCAAUAACUCAAUUUCUAUUUCUUAUAUGCUGGAUAAGUCAAAUAUAUUACAAGAAGGUAGCGAAAAUAAGAAGAAUCAAACUGAUUCAAAAAAAAAUCGCUAACCUAUGAAAAGCUGUGAUAUUUUAGAAAGCAUUUCUGACAUAGAUAAUUAAACACCUUAAAUUUAAAAUCUUAAUCCAUUUUAAGGAAAGUCUUCAAUAUUUUAAUAAGACUUAAUUGAAAACCAAAUACUUUAAAAGCAAUCAUCAAGUGUCUCAUCAACAAUUUAUACUUAGAGUACUCCUAAACCUGGAUCUCAUUUAGAACAAUAAACACCAAUAUAAAAUUUUAAUAACUAAGCUAAAUUCUAAUUAAAUUAAAAUUAUCAAGGUUAGAAACAAUAUCAAGAUAAAAAUAAUAAUAGCUAACCUGAUUAUUUUAAAAGUAAUUAAAAACCAGAAAGCUUUAGCGAUUUUAAUUAGAUCUAAAAGAAAAGAAAUAGCUUCAAUGCUAACCUCACUACAUCAAAUUAUUAAUAUUAGUAGCUUAAAGAUAUUUCUCAAAUAGAUCUAGAAACGGGAAGGAAUGCUUCUUUUCAUAAUAACUCAUAAAUUUUUUAAGAUACUUCAAGACUUAUAUAAGGGAAUUAUAAAGAAGAAUUGGAUUUAAACAAAACUUAACAAGAUUAAAAUAACAUUACAUUUAAUCUAGAACUUCAAAACGAGUCUGAAAGAGCAAACAACUUCAGUUUAAAACAACUUAAUUUAUAAAAUUAAUCCUAAUAAAUUGAUGAAGAAAUUAAUCCAGCAAUAAAAAAGGAAUUUUAAAUUAAUUUAAAGAAAAACUAAAACACAGAACUAAAAAUAACAAAAGAAAGCUCAAAAAAGAAAUUAUUCAUUCAAAUUAAUGAUAAUUAAAAUGAAUUAGAUGGAUAAGAUAUGGAUGCAUUAAUUUAAUAAAAUUCAUAGGACCAUCUUUAGUAAAAAUAAAAUAAAAUUAAAAAGAAGCUCUAGUUAUACUUUUCAAAGAAGAAAUGUCAAUGCAACGAAGUCCUCGUUGUUGAUGAUAAUUAAUUUAAUUUACUCGUCAUGAUUAAAUUACUAUAAUCCUAUUCAAUUAUAGCUGACUAAGCAUUCGAUGGCUAAAAGGCAUUAGACCUUGUUAUAUAAAAAUCAAAAAAUGCAUGCUGCUCUCACUACAGACUGAUCCUUAUGGAUAUAGAUAUGCCUAUAAUGAAUGGCUACUAAUCAACCUAAGCAAUCUUAGACUUUUACAAGUAAAAACACCCAAAUGUAAAUCCACCUAUUAUCUCUGCUUGUACUGCAUUCGUAAGCAACGAAGACAAAGCUUAAGCAAAAAAAAGAGGAAUGAAGUUUUUCAUUGGCAAACCAAUCUAAAUAUUUCACCUUGAUUUUGUAUUAGAGCAAAGUCUUUUGAAGAAGAAAAAAUGA